UCCUCCCAGGGGAACCUGCUAAGGGCGGCCCCGCGCUCCUUCCUGUCCCUCCCACCGCGGCCCGGGCUCGGCGGCCGCUCGACGCGGGGUCCCGGGCGCGGCCCGGGCGACUCUCGGCCGCUCCCACCCCGGCGAGUUCAAAAGGACGCGCGGCGCCCGGCCCUGCCCGCCCGUCGGACUGGAAAGGUGAGCGCGCCGCGCGGGAGCCCGGAGGCCGCACUCGGCCGCCGCGCGCCUGCGACCGGACCUGGGCGGGUACCGCGCGGCUGCGGGGACCCUCGACGGCCGGGGCGCGCGGGGUCCCCGGGGAGCGGGGCGGACCCAGCAGAAGGCUCGGCGGGGCUCCUGGCCCUGGAAGCCCAGAUCUGACCUUACGAGGUAGUCUGCCCUCAGCAAGGAUGAACAACCUACCGGCCACACCUUCUCCUGAAGAAUUGAUGACCACGCCGGUUUUUCAGGCCCCCGAGACCCUGUCCCCACAAGCUGAAGAGGCCAGCACAGCGCUCAUUGCAGUUGUUAUCACCGUGGUGUUCCUUACCCUGCUCUCAGUGGUGACCUUGAUCUUCUUUUACUUGUACAAGAACAAAGGCAGCUACGUCACCUAUGAGCCCGCAGAAGGGGAGCCCAGCGCCAUCCUCCAGAUGGAGACUGACUCAGCCAAGGGCAGAGAGAAGGAAGAGUACUUCAUCUAAUGACCCCCAGGCUGGAGGGGCCAAUUCCUGGCUCCAACACUAAGACACUGCCUCUGUAGUUAGGGAACAUUUGCUCUGAAGCCAGUGAGUGGCAUUGACACAGGCACAUCCACUCACCUCCCAGGACACAGCCCCCAGUACUGGUGGCAUCACUCACUUCAGGGUCCAGAGACACGGAGAAAGCUGCUCAUGACACUGGGCCUUGGUAAGGACAGUGCUUGCAACCGGCCAACAAAGUGGGGCCAUGCCUGAGUUGGAAGUGAGGUCACAGGCUGGUCCACUUUGUCCCCUCACUAGUUGACUAGUAAGAGCCCUGUGUAGCUCUCCAGUCUUCCUGGAGGCUGGAUACAACAGGAAAGGGCUCAGGCCAGCGGGGAUAGAGUUAGAAUGUUACUGUCUUUGUUUGAUCUGAGCCCCACCAUUCCCCCAUCAGCCUCAAGCUUACAAUGUUUUUAUCCAAAUUAAACUUAUUAUGAAAGUCA